GAUAAUGACAUAUUUGUUCUUAUUGAUAUCAAGCCUUGCAGCGAACUCAACAAGGACAACGCGGCAGCGCAGUGCAAACACAAGCACUUUGAAUGGAGUUCUUCCUACUAAUGAAGGGGCUCCCCGGCUGCGGCAAGUCCACGCUCGCUGCUGCGCUGGCUCGGGAGCUUCGCUGUCCAUUAGUCGACAAGGAUGACGCUCGUGACAUGUUCCAGCCUGUGGUGUCGCAAGCGCCGGACCUGGACUGGAACGGGCUCUCCUAUGACGUCAUGUUCAGAGUGGCUGAGCGGCAGCUGGGGCUGGGCCUGAGCGUCGUGGCGGACUGCCCCUUCGCUCGUGUGUCCCUAUACCAGCGGGCACUAGAGCUCGUGAGCAAGGUGGAGAGGCUCCAAUGCGCGCCCGCUGCCUUUGCUGGCAGUGCGCGUCAUGAAGCGGCUGACCAGCAACAGUCGCUUUUACCACCUGCAACAAUCCGACCGCCGGCAGAAGCGGUUGGGACAGCGCCUGCCGGCGACACCCCCUGUGGGUCCGCAUUCGAGCCGCCUGAGGAGGGCUGCAAAAGAAGCACAACAGGCAGCAACCUGAAGCAGGAAACCCGACUGCUGGUGGUGGUGGUGGACGUGGAGUGCAGCGACGAGGGCUUGUGGCGGCGGAGGUUGGACGCGCGUGGGGCUGAGGACGCGGGCACCGAGCGGAGCCACAAGCCGGGCAGCUGGGAGCAGCUGCAGGACCUGCUGUCGAGGUGUGCUACUGCUGGGCAUGUACGGUGACAGCUGGAAGUGGAGCACGAGCGGGAGCGCCCAUGUGCCGUAUCACGUGCGAGUGGACACAACCGCCGCCUCCACUGCGGAGUGCGUGGCGACUGUGCUCGGGUAUCUGAAGGCGCUGAAGCAAGCACCCAGAGGCGGCAGCAGCGCGGCCACUGCAGGGCUUUGAGGCGCUGCGGUGCUGGGCGUGGGUAUUGGGCUGCAGCGGGUCGACCCCAGUUGGACAUGGUCAGGAGCUCUCCUCGAUGUAUGGGCUGCCAGCGGCCGAGCGGCUGUCAGCGGUCGAGCGGCUCCACCACGAGGCUGAACCAUUGCAGGGCGGCGGCGGCACAUCAACUGCAAGAGCGUGGCUGCAUGGAGCACCGAGAAGCGUUGGCGUGCAUUGUUGGCUAAGAGUGGACAGGUCACGCAAGUUGUUACAGACGCCGUGGGAAGAAGGUCGUGGAACCGGGGGGAGGGGGGGGGGGGUGGCACCGUUUGGGGGAAUCGGGUUCACAAGGAGGCCGAAGCCCGAAGGGGGGUUCGCAUGACAAUGUAACUUCAAAUGGGC